AUUGGUCAAUUGAUAUUUUUAAGGCGAGGAUUAACACAUUCUUGAUUGGUACAUAUGUCAGGGGUUAUGGGGAGAAAGCAGGAGAAUUGGGUUAGGAGGGAGAGAUAGAACAGCCAUGAUUGAAUGGGCCGAAUGGCCAAAUUCUGCAAAUUCUAUGAACAAAUAACUCGCUGCAAUACAAAAAUAAAACUAUCUGCUUCGUGUCAUAAGGUCAUAUGGUUAUAAGUAGUCUGAAGAAGGGACUCAACCCGUAACAUCACCCAUUCCUUCCCUCCAGAGAUGCUGCCUGUCCCGCUGAGUUACUCCAGCAUUUUGUGUCUAUCUUCGGUGCAAACCAGGAUCUGCAGUUCCUUCCUACACACCUCUCAAACGUGUGACAGAUAAUGCUGGAAAAUUAUAGACAAUAGACAAUAGGUACAGGAGCAGGCCAUUCGGCCCUUCGAGCCAGCACCGCCAUUCAACGUGAUCAUGGCUGAUCAUCCACAAUCAGUACCCCGUUCCUGCCUUCUCUCCAUAUCCCCGGACUCCGCUAUUUUUAAGAUCCCUAUCUAGCUCUCUCUUGAAAGUAUCCAGAGAACCUGCCUCCACCGCCCUCUGGGGCAGAGAAUUCAACAGCCGCGUAUUGACGCGUAAGUGGGCUGGCUGCAGCCUGCCAGACGAGACCAGUGCCUUUCAACCCGAACGCACGGAGAGCAAUGAGUUAAAACAAAAUCCUUCUGCCAUUCGCAGCGCUGGGGUCCGCCAGCGUGACGGCGUCGGGGUGAAUUAGUUAGAAACCGCUCUUGCGGGCACCGGGUUGAGAGCUUCUGGGCGACGUGCUCGCUUUGACGUGUUAAUAUAUAUAUAUUUUUUUCUUUGCCCCCCCCCCCAAAAAAAACCCUCAGCAAAACACAAAAAAAAUCCCAUCUGUGGUCCUUUAUUUUCCAGCCCAGCCAAGCGCUACAUUUCAGCACCGCUCCAGAGGACAGCUCUCCGCGUUGGAUUUCAGCACCACGAACAUGAACAGCUCCAGCGACCUGUUGCAAUACGCCGGCGGGUUUCAGGUGAUGGAAGACGCGGAGAUGAAAGUCGCCCUGCCCGUGGUGCUUGGAGUCAUCUGCCUGGUGGGCUUGGCUGGCAACACCAUGGUGGUGGCCGUCCUCCUGUACGACUUCAGGCAAGCCAAGAGCUCGGUGGCCAACGGCCUCGUCGUCCUACUGAGUGCCACCGACCUCCUGAUCCUACUCUUUUGCGCGCCUCUCAGAGCCGCCGUCUACUCCAGACCCAGCUGGCCCCUCGGCUGGUUCCUCUGCAAGACUUCCGACUACUUCUUCCAGGCUUGCCUGUCGGCGAAAAGUUUCACCCUGGCCGCGGUGGGGCACGCUCGCUACCAGCACGUCGCCGAGCCCAAGAACUACAUCCACUUCAAGUGCCGGCGCCUGAUCGCCGUCACCUGCUCCAUCUGGUCGCUGUCCGUCCUCCUGCCUGUCCCACACUGGCUGUUCGCCGACCUCAGGAGGCGUGAGGACCAUACCGCCUGCGUGCUGGAGAUCCCGGCUCACGCCUGGCACUUCAUGAGGGUGUUCGGCGUGGCUUACCCGCUGGUCGUCUACAUCACCCCCCUCGGCUUCGCCCUGGCUUGCCUGCUCAAAGCCCUGCUGAAGAACGAGCCCGCGGGCAACACGAACAGGACCCCGAGCCGCAGGUACGAGCUCAGGAGGGUGACGGCCAUGCUGUUGGCUUUGAGCGGGGCGUUCGCCCUGAUGAGGCUGCCCGAGUGGGUGGCGUGGACUUGGAGCAGGUACCGCGGGGCGAGCGGCGCCGCCCCUCCGGUCGCCUUGCUGGUGGCGGCUCAACUCCUCACCCUGGCCAACUGCGCGGUCAACCCGCUGGUCUUGCUGGCCGCCUCGCAGGACUUCAAGGACGGGGCGAGGAGCGCCUGGGCGGUGGCCACACGGAGGAGGGCGGGCGGCCAGGGUGGGACCUCCACCUUCGGCGAGAAGGUCUGUUCCGCCGCCCCUCCACACGCUGGAGCCGCCAGCUCCCUCUGCGCCCUGCCCACCAUCUCCGCCCGCCAAGACGUGGCCAUCUGCCGCGACCUGGGCCAGAGCGUCCCGCCCGAUGUCCAGCACUUUUGGCAACACAGGAAGAGCGCAGCGCCCGUGGACAACAACGACCCCAUACCCUGGGAAAGCCAAGAGCAGGCGUAGAAGCGGUGAUCCCAAAUGCUGGACUACAAACACUGGCCGGCUUUUUGAUUUAUCCUUUUAGUUUGCCCUCUCUCAAAUCUACCCCCAAGAGCUGCUAGAGGCAGGGGGAAAGUCUUUUUUUUUAAUUGUUUCAUCACCGCCACCGAUUGUCUGUAUGUGUUGCUAAGCGUUCGUAAGAGUUGUCAAUUUCCAAAUUGGCGCAGAUCUAGCGGAAAAAAACCCGCCUACAUGUUUGGAACCGG